AAAAACUAAUCGAAACCUUGCCAUUAUUUGCAAAAACCGGUUAAUGGAUGUAACAAGAUCUUCCUCUACUUGUGAUGGUUUCUUCAUCAUCAGCCUUCUUGUUAUCGUUUCUUUAUUGUUUGGGACUUCAUCUGCGCAGUUAAACGCAACGUUUUACUCGGCUACGUGCCCUAACGCCUCUGCCAUCGUUCGCAGCACUAUUCAGCAAGCUCUUCAAUCCGACGCGAGAAUCGGAGCAAGCCUAAUCCGCCUUCAUUUUCACGACUGCUUUGUUAAUGGUUGCGACGGGUCGCUCUUGCUUGACGAUACUGGAAGCAUCCAGAGCGAGAAGAACGCUGCUCCCAACGCAAACUCAACUAGAGGAUUCAAUGUUGUCGAUAAUAUCAAGACUGCCCUCGAGAAUGCUUGUCCCGGCAUUGUCUCUUGCUCUGACGUUUUAGCCCUUGCCUCUGAGGCUUCCGUUUCUUUGGCAGGAGGGCCUUCAUGGAGUGUAUUAUUAGGAAGAAGAGAUGGUCUCAAUGCAAACCUGUCUGGGGCCAAUUCGUCACUUCCUUCUCCCUUUGAAGGCCUUAACAACAUAACAUCUAAAUUUGUAGCUGUCGGGCUAAAUACAACCGAUGUAGUAGCCUUGUCAGGGGCGCAUACGUUUGGGCGUGGUCAAUGCGUAACGUUCAACAAUAGGCUAUUCAACUUCAACGGGACAGGGAACCCCGAUCCGACUUUGAACUCAACACUUCUCAGCACUCUUCAACAGCUAUGUCCUCAAAACGGCAGCGGAUCAGGGAUCACCAAUCUCGAUCUGACCACACCUGAUGCAUUCGAUAGUAGUUACUUCACGAACCUUCAGAGUAACAAUGGGCUUCUUCAGUCAGACCAGGAACUGUUCUCCAAUACUGGUUCAACCACCGUAGCAAUGGUUAAUUCCUUUGCAAGUAACCAGACUCUGUUUUUCGAGGCGUUUAUUCAGUCUAUGAUCAAGAUGGGGAACAUUAGUCCAUUGACAGGGGCUAAUGGAGAGAUUAGACAAGAUUGUAAAGUGGUUAAUGCACAGUCAUCAGCCACUGAAGCAGAGCACAUUCAGUUACAAUCUGAUGGAGGAUCGCUGAGUGUAGCAGUCGCAGAUAUGUGAACAAUGAUGGUUUCAGUCUCACCACCGUCUGUAUCAUAUGUAUUUGAAUUAUUAUAUAUGUACU